AUGACAUCAACGACAAUAAACAGUUCCAAAAACACGUCAUCAACCGAUUUUCUGGAAUUUCCAAAUUCCAAAAAUAGCAACUGGUCACAUACUUACACCUCCUUCAGGCAUGCAACCGACCAAUACAGUAGUAUCCACGGUUACGUGGCGAGUUUCGUUUGCUGCUGGGGAAUUCCGGCAAACCUAGCCACAAUUUUAGUCCUAACCAGACCAAAAAUGGCACAGUCCUCUACUAACUUCAUUCUCGUCUGGCUGGCCGUCGCCGAUCUAAUCACUAUGGCCACGUUUUUACCCAUUAGUAUCUACUUUUACGCCAUGAAAUCCAAACAUCUUCCCAUGCCGUCUACCAGUUCCUAUGCCUGGAUUGGUUACUUCAUCUUUGCCAUAAAUUCCGUGGUGACGUGGCACACAAUCGCAAUAUGGCUGACCAUCUCGUUGGCUAUUUUUAGAUACAUUUUCAUUUGCUACCCAACCAAUGGCUUGCAAUGGUGUAACAAAGCCAGAGCCAAAACAGCGGUUGGAUGGGUCUUUUGCUGCUGUGUACUUCUCUGCGUUCCUAACUACUUCCUAACUGAGGUUCAUUUAGUGAAGAGGGCAGAUGAGGGGAAUAUAAUUAUGACGACGACGAAAUCGGCGAUUCCUAUGACGUUGAUGAUGACGUCAAAUUUUUCAACGGCACCUAUAACAAAGACGACUAUUAUUUCGACAACAACAAAGACAUCAAAAUUAACAUCAGUGACAUCAACAGCAACAACAAUUACACUAACAACAGCAAUUACGUCAACAAUAGUUACUUUCAUUAUUACACAGUCAAGGAUUCUCUUUCCUUUCCAACUCUAUACCAGAUUAAUUUCUGGAUUCAAUUUAUUUUCAAAUUUCGAAACGACAACCGAAAAAAAAAUUAACGUACAGGCCCUUCUCUUCAAGUUACUACCUUGCAUCUUGCUGACUGCACUGACGUUCUGCCUGGUGGCGGCCAUGAGGGAGGCGAGCGUCAGGAGGUGCAAACUGAAAUCUCAAGGAAACAGGGUGGAGUCAGACAGAGCAGCUGAGCACCAGAGGACAACGGCGAUGUUGCUUGCUGUCGUUGGGCUAUUUUUAGUCACGGAAUUUCCACAGGGGCUUCUGACUCUACUGAGCAUUUUCUCCACCCCUUUUCAUCACGAUUACUACCAACCACUCGGCGACAUCCUUGACAUUGCAGCCUUGAUCAACAACUCCAUCAACUUCAUCCUCUACUGUGUCAUGAGCCGACAGUUUAGAGACACGUUCAAGGAAUUGUUUCUGGAUGGUUGUGCCGCUGGUAGUGGCGCUGGUGGUGGCAGAUGA